UUUCCAUAGGCAUUGUUUAUUUUCUUUCUCUCUGUAAUUUUGCAUUUACUCCAUUUGUUUGCUUCUGAUUCUCUCUCGUAUGUUCACAUUUGUUGCCUAUCAUUUCCAUUUGUUCGUUUUCAUCUCUUGCUUUCAAAAUAUUCAGUUUUAUUCCACUUCCGUUUUCGUUCCCUUUCGUGUCCUAACUUCCAUAUUGGUUGGCUCUCAUUGUUUCUUCGCUGCUUCAAGGCUGUUUCUCACUGGACCGCUAUUGGUUUCGAGAUUUUCGCAGGUUGGGAUUGUGAUUCUUGUCACGAGUUCCGGCCUCAGAGAUAUUGUCUCAGUUUGGGUGUUGAAGUCAUAUACAGCUUGGCCUUACAUACUUCCCGUUGUAAACCCAUUCAGACUUAUUGGAGUUGGAUUACCCGUUUGGACUCUUGCAACUUUGUGUUAUGGUUUCUCUUUCGAUUUCUGGUCCAUUUCAGUCUGUUGCAUGCAGAGAAGCUAGAAGAGAAUCUGAGAAAGGACUUGGGUGUUGAGAAAGAGCGUGUUCUUGAUGUAAGUUUUUCAACGUGAGUUUAAUUUGAAUCACCUUCUCCCUUAAAUAAAAAUGCAUGACUCCUGUAUGAUCUUUAUUAGUGGAUAGUCUGUAUCUGUAUUCUUCUAUUACGUCUCGUUGGUGUUGAUAGGAUUUGGAGGGUUUAUGAUAGGAGGAAAAGAGUUAAAAAUAAAACAUAACGGUUGGUGGUCUGUUAGGACAAUUAGGAAGCAGGUGGUUGGAUAACUGUCCUGGUGGGGUGUUCUGUUCAGAAUUGGAGGUGUCUUUAAGUAGGGAAAGGGAUGUCUAGGGGAGAUAUGUUGUGUUGAUUGUAUCUCAGUGACAGGACAAUAGUAUUCCUGUGUGAAGGGAGACAGUUCUGUUGGAAGAGUUCGAAUUGUAUUCUUUACUUACAAGAAUAAUAAUACAAGGCUGUUUCAGUGUUUCUGUGUGUUUGGUGCGGCCUAGUGUGUUUUCUCAUUUCUUGUUUCAAGAAAUCUAACAGGUGUCUAGAAAUUUGUGAUUCAAACAACUUGAGAAGGUUCUGCGAGAGAUGCUAUCAGAAAAUGCCAAAAUUAAAUUUAUAGUGAGUCAAAGUUGGCUGAAGCAAAAUGUUUUAUUGGCUAGUGUUGAAGAGAAAUCUUUAAAAGUAAAAGCCAAAUCACGUUCGGCUGAUGCCAAUUUUGCAUAACUAAACCAAAAGAUUUUAGAAUUUGAUUUUUA